AUAGAAUCUCUGUCAGUUACUUUUCAUGGACAUGAUUUGAUAAUUGAUUCUGAAUUGGAGCUAAACUAUGGAAGACGAUAUGGGUUGCUUGGAUUAAAUGGUUGUGGAAAAUCUACCCUUCUUACAGCGAUAGGUUGUCGAGAGCUACCUAUCCCAGAUCACAUGGAUAUUUAUCACCUUACCAGAGAAAUUGAAGCCUCUGACAUGUCUGCAUUGGAGGCUGUCAUAAGCUGUGAUGAGGAAAGGUUGAAAUUGGAGAAAGAAGCUGAAGCUUUGGCUGCUCAGGAUGAUGGGGGUGGUGAAACUCUUGAACGUAUUUAUGAACGAUUGGAUGCCAUCGAUGCAUCAACUGCAGAAAAGCGUGCUGCUGAAAUUUUAUUUGGUCUUGGUUUCAACAAGCAGAUGCAGGCAAAGAAGACCCGUGAUUUUUCUGGUGGCUGGAGAAUGAGGAUAGCUUUAGCACGUGCUCUAUUUAUGAAGCCAACAAUUCUUUUACUUGAUGAACCAACCAAUCACCUAGAUUUGGAGGCUUGUGUGUGGCUGGAAGAGAAUUUGAAAAUGUUUGACCGCAUUCUGGUUGUGAUUUCACAUUCCCAGGAUUUCCUUAAUGGUGUCUGCACAAAUAUCAUCCACAUGCAAAAUAAGAAGCUGAAGCUUUAUACUGGCAAUUAUGAUCAAUAUGUUCAGACACGUGGUGAGCUUGAAGAGAACCAGAUGAAGCAGUACAAAUGGGAGCAAGAGCAAAUUGCCUCGAUGAAGGACUAUAUAGCCCGGUUUGGUCAUGGAUCAGCAAAACUAGCACGCCAAGCCCAGAGUAAAGAGAAAACUCUUGCAAAAAUGGAGCGGGGUGGACUCACAGAGAAGGUGGUAAGAGACAAAGUUUUGGUAUUCCGCUUUGUUGAUGUGGGAAAACUUCCCCCGCCUGUUCUCCAGUUUGUCGAGGUGACAUUUGGUUACACUCCUGAUAAUCUGAUCUACAAGAACCUUGAUUUCGGGGUUGAUUUAGACUCUAGGAUUGCGCUGGUUGGACCAAAUGGAGCCGGGAAGAGUACGUUACUGAAGCUAAUGACUGGCGACCUGGUCCCUAUAGACGGCAUGGUUCGACGCCACAAUCACCUUCGAAUUGCACAAUUUCACCAGCACUUGGCUGAAAAGCUAGACUUGGAAUUGUCUGCUCUCCAGUUUAUGAUAAAAGAAUACCCUGGAAAUGAGGAGGAGAGGAUGAGAGCAGCUAUUGGGAAAUUUGGACUGUCGGGUAAAGCGCAGGUGAUGCCGAUGAAGAAUUUAUCUGACGGGCAGAGGAGCCGCGUGAUAUUUGCAUGGUUAGCUUAUAGACAGCCUCACUUGCUACUUCUGGAUGAGCCAACUAACCAUUUAGACAUUGAAACAAUUGACUCACUGGCUGAGGCUUUGAAUGAAUGGGACGGUGGCAUGGUGCUUGUUAGCCAUGAUUUUAGACUCAUCAAUCAAGUGGCCCACGAGAUAUGGGUGUGCGCUGAUCAAGCUGUUACCAGAUGGGAAGGUGACAUCAUGGAUUUCAAAGAGCACUUAAGGUCAAAGGCCGGUUUAUCUGACUGA